UAUGUCCUGUACACAUUAGUCCAGCAGCACAACAGUAGCACGAACCGAUUACGUCUCCAUAUCCUAAGCUACAAGUGCGACUCUCCAAGACUCCGACGACCCAACAGCAAUAAGAAAAACCCACUAAACGCUGCGAUCCUCACGGCUCCAAGGCGGAGGGACGGCCCGGAAGUAGAACACAUGGUUAAAUCGCCGUACCGUCUUCGACAUCGCCGGUUGAUGGACACCGCACCUGCAGCGGCGAUCAGCAGUGAUUCAGGACAUGCAGGCUCCAAGGGUGGGAUGCCUAUCAUGGUCUCCAUCCUGGUGGUCGUCAUCAUCUGCACUCUCUGCUACUGCGUCUACUGCUGGAGAUGGAGGAAACGCAACGCUGUGAAGAGGAAUGAGAUAGAGAGGCUGAGGCCACUGUCCAACUCGGACUUGCCUGUGAUGGACCUCUCCUUAAUCCAGGCCGCCACCAACAACUUCUCCAAGGAGAACAAGCUCGGCGAAGGCGGUUUCGGUCCUGUUUACAGGGGCGUCCUGGAUGGCGGCUCGGAGAUCGCCGUGAAGCGGCUGUCGGCGAGGUCGCGGCAGGGUGCCGAGGAGUUCCGGAACGAGGUGGAGCUGAUCGCGAAGCUGCAGCACAGGAACCUGGUGCGGCUGCUGGGGUGCUGCGUGGAGAAUGACGAGAAGAUGCUCGUCUACGAGUACCUCCCCAACCGGAGCCUCGACGCAUUCCUCUUCGGUACUGCAAGGACUGCACACCUGGACUGGAGGAUGAGGCAGAGCAUCAUCCUGGGCAUCGCUCGCGGCCUGCUCUACCUCCAUGAGGACUCCUACCUGAAGAUCGUGCACCGGGACCUCAAGGCCAGCAAUGUGCUCCUCGACAACAAGAUGAACCCCAAGAUCUCCGACUUCGGCAUGGCUAAGAUCUUCGAGGACGAGGUGAUCGAGGUCAACACUGGCCACGUGGUCGGAACAUACGGCUACAUGGCGCCAGAGUACGCGAUGGAGGGCGUCUUCUCGGUGAAGUCGGACGUGUUCAGCUUCGGGGUGCUGGUGCUGGAGAUCCUCAGCGGCCAGCGCAACGGCGCAAUGUACAUGCAGGAGCACCAGCACACCCUCAUCCAAGACGCGUGGAAGUUCUGGAACGAGGACAGGGCGGCGGAGUUCAUGGACGCGUCGCUGGCGGACGGCGCCUACUCCAAGGACGAGGUGUGGCGGUGCUACCACGCCGGCCUGCUCUGCGUGCAGGAGAGCCCAGAGCUCCGGCCCACCAUGUCCAGCGCCCUGCUCAUGCUCAUCAGCGACCAGACCACGUCGCUGCCGUCGCCCCAGCGGCCGCCGCUCUUCGCCAGGACGAAGAAGGCCGUAUCGCCGUCGGGGUACUCGUUCGGGACCGAGACGACGUCCAAGACGCAGUCCGUCAACGACGUGUCCAUCACCAUGAUCCAGCCACGAUAAAGGAAAUGUUUUAUAUUUUGGUGUUUACGUGCUGACGGGUGAGGCGUCCACAACACUACGUACGCACACGAUGAUGAGUGGGAGAGAAAUAUAUUGCUAGCAUCGACAUGCAGAAAUGUCCAUCGACCAGUAGGCAAGAUUAGUUGUUCAGUUCUUUCAGCAAGAGCUAGCUACCAACCAGCACUCUGUAAAUAUUGUUUCAGUAGCAUCUUUCUUCUUGCUUAAAGAAAAUGAGAGGAGCUUUUGCGUUCGGAAGCUUCGCACCAUGA